CCCCCUAACACGGCCCCAAACACGCUACACACUUUCUCUUCUCUAUCCACAGGGCCGCACUCUCACUCUCUUCCUCUGCUAUUCUUCAGGUAAAUUACACCUACAUAUAAUUUCUCUUUCGUCCUUCUUUCGAUCCGUGAUGGAGGAAGUUUCCGUUUCCGGCAACAAGAGGUGCCGAGAGGAGUCGUUGGAAUCGGAGGCGAAGCGCCUCCACGCCGACUUCCUUCUCGAUAUCCUCGACGACGACGAGGAGGAUGCGGACGCCGGUGACCGGUAUUCGGACACCAAGGAUCUGGCUUCCGUCAUGAGGAGCCUCGAGGAGGAGAUUUUCCUCCCACUUGCUCCUCCUCCGGUGCCGGCGGGAUCGGCGUCGGAGCUGAGCGAUCCUCAGCGCCUGGCGGAACUCGGGUAUCUUCUUGCGGCGUCGGACGACGAGCUUGGCCUCCCGCCGGCUGCGCCGUCAUCGUCGUCUUCGCCGGAGCCGGUGGCGGCGGCCGACGGGGAGGAGGCGGUGGAGAGCGGGGGAUUCGGUCAGAUCUGGAGUUUUGAUGACGAGAUUUCGGGGUGCUACGAUGGGCUUGGAUUUGGGAUCCGGCCGGAGGAGGAGUUGCAGGAUGGGUCGGUCUUCGAUGACGGUCUCUUCGACUAUGCUGACGUGUUGUUCUGUGCGCCAUCUGAUUUCUCGUGGCGAGCGGAAUCCAUGCCCGCCGUCUGAUGGAACUUUCCGUGGUCUUUUGCUUUUAUUUUUUUUCUUUUUUUUUCCCAUAAAAGACUGUAAAUUAUAGGAAACCAGGAGUAGGUGAAGAAGGGAUACGAAAGAACUUGUGGAAAAGACUUGGCAUCUGCGUGCAAUUUUUCCCUUUUUCUUUUUGUAACUUUGUGCUUGAAUGCAAGUCGUCGGAUGGAGUAGAUUGACGAAAUAUCUAUUUAGUCCGCCAUUAAUUUAAUAUGUUUGAUGUGAGAAAAGUGUAAUAAGGUUACAUGAUGGACCCUCUGGAUCUGCUUGUCAUGCUCCCUUGUUUUUCUUUCAAAAAAACAAUUCCUUUCCUGGACCAAAAAACAUGCAAAGGAAUGUUUAUUUUGCCAGGUAGGGGUCUGAUUGGA